ACCGAGCCUGAGUGUCACAUGUCGGUCCGGACAGGCGGCUGUUUCACACCUCCGCUUUCCCCGGAGAGACGCUCACAGAUCAGCCGGUUAACAUCUCCGGAGCUGCGGGAGACGAAUGGCAAUGGCGACCGGUGAAAGCCAGCCAACUUUUGAGUCAUUGCUCAGCCAGGCCACAGACCCAAACAAUCAGGAGGACAGGUGGGACUGCAUCCAGGGUUUCUACGAGCUCAUCAACCAAGAGACUGAUGGCCCACAGGUAGCCAUUCGUCUGCUUUCCCACAAAAUCCAGUCUCCACAGGAGAAAGAGGCUCUGCAGGCUCUCACUGUCCUCGAGGCAUGUAUGAACAACUGUGGAAAGAGGUUUCACAGCGAGGCUGCCAAGUUUCGCUUUCUCAAUGAGCUCAUCAAAGUUUUAACUCCAAAGUACUUUGGAGCGUGGACUCCACAGAAAGUUAAAGACAGAGUGACGGAGGUUCUCUACGGCUGGACUCUAUGGCUCAAAGAAGAACCCAAGAUCCAGCAAGCCUACAGCAUGCUGAAGAAACAAGGUAUUGUAAAGAAAGAUCCCAAACUGCCAAACACUGUAAUAAUGGCACCUCCACCACAAAGAACCACCGAAUCUGUUUUUGACCAGGAGGACAAGGCCCAGCUUUUAGCCAGAUUAUUGAAAAGUGGCCGUCCUGAAGACCUGGAAACGGCCAACAGACUCAUUAAAAGCACCAUCAAAGAGGAGCAGGAGAGGGCAGAGAAAGUGUCAAAGCGUGAAUCCACUCUGAAGGAGGUGGAGAGCAGCACCAAACAGCUCAGAGAACUGCUGGAGCAGCACGCAAACACUGGAAGCUUGUUACAGCCGAGUGAUGACGUGAAGACCCUGUACGAGCGCUGUGAUCGGCUGAGGCCCAGCCUGUUCCGCCUGGCCAGCGACACGAUGGACGACGACGCGGCUCUGGCGCAGAUCCUAGCGGCUAACGACGAGCUCACACUGGCAGUAAAUGCCUACAAGGAACGAGUGGAGAGGAAGGAGUGCAACAGUGGACGAGGAAGAAGCAGAAGUGAGGAAGAGAUGGAUGGUAAAAAUAAUGCUCCGAGGAGUCCCAGAGAGGUUAAAAGCUACCACCUCAUCGACCUGUCAGCUCUGGACUCUCCAAAGACGCACAGGAAAGCUGAUUCUCUGCCGUCUUUCGAAUCCCCUUCGCCCAUGUUUUCCUCUCUUCUGGAAACUACCUUCCAGCCAGUCGCUGACGAGGACUUUCAUGAGCGAGAGUUAGACGAUCUGGUCUCUAAACAGUCUCCAGAGAGCUCGAGGUCGUAUUAUGAAGAACUACUGCAGCUUAACGGAGACGGUCAGAUGAAGAGCGCUGAGCAGAACGGAGGGCGAGGCCUUGUGUUGAGAGCCCGCGGGUGUGGCGGGAGCGGUGCGACAUCAAAUGGGACUAACGUUUGGUCCCUCCCUCACAAUCAACAACUUGGUGAAGUGUCAGAAGAGAGCUCGUGUCCCCCACAAGUCCUGAAGAGCAUCUUUGUUCCAGUGGAGACGAUCAAAUCCAGUCAUCUCGAGCCGAUCACUCUUUUCAAUCAGGCCGGGAUCCACGUCUCUCUCCAUUUUGCCAAAGACUCUCCGACGGGUCAUCCGGGCGUUGCCGUGGUCGUCAUCUCCGCAGUGAACACGUCUGCCCUCCAUGUGAAAGACUUCCUGUUUCAAGCUGCCGUUCCAAAGACCAUGUUGGUGAAACUUCAGCCUGCCUCAGGGACACACCUACCUCCUUACAACCCUGUCCUGCCUCCACCUGCCAUCUCCCAGGUCGUCCUAUUGGCUAAUCCUCAGAAGCGAAAGCUGCGUCUACGCUACAAGCUGACACUGACACACGGAGACCGGCAGCUGAGCGAGACCGGAGAGAUCGACAGCUUCCCUGACUGGACCGCUUUGAUCGGCCACUAAAAACCUCACAGACUUGGAUUAAAAAGAGAUAAAACUCUGGAUCUGGUCUGUGCUGGACCUGGAAUCCAGCUGUUGAGGUCAGAGUGAGUAAAGUGAACCCGGCGAGAAAGGAAAAACUCAACGAAAAGGUGGGAAACUCUUGACCACGCCUGCAGUUGAUCCUCAUGAGGUCAAACAAGUAUCAGGUCUGUAUUUUCUUAAAGAUCUUGUGCUUUACCUUGAAAGACUUUUCUGCGUUUUAUAGCAUCGUAGCAAGCCAAGAAACAACCUUGGAAAGAUUUAUAUUACUCUAAAAAGGUGGACAAACUUGUUUCACAUCUAAAAGUGUUCCGGGUUGGUUUGGUACAUCCCUGAUUGUACCUGAUUCAGGUAAAUUCAGGUAUUCUGCUGUUAGUUUGCUGUCGCUGCCUCCAGCCUGUUGUGAAGCUGCAGUCAGAUAAUACAGUAUGUUCACUCUGCCCGUGUGUGUGCUCACAUGCUGGUUACAUGUCUACAUAUGAAGUUUGGUAUUUAUUUGCUCUUGUGCAUUUGUGACUUUCAAAAUUCCCAAAGUGCCUUAAGAUCUAAGAUAUUUAUGUGAGGAAUGAAGCUGCCUUAAGGAACGUGUGUGUGCAUGUGAGAAACCUUCAAAGAUUCCUAUUGGCGUGUAUUUCGCUGUGCUUGACCGCAGCUUAAAACACAAGCAAACGGAGGAAAAACAGAGGCGGCAUUUAGAAAAAAGUGCAGAUAGCACAAGCAAAUGAACAAACGUUUCCACUCUGACUACACGUGGCCUAAAAGAAAUGUGCUGCAAAUACAGGAAACAGCAAGCAAACGCAGAAAUGUUACAACUUCAACACAACAUAAAUUUCCACAGGACAGUAAAAACUGAUAAAUAACACCAAAUGCACCUGUUAAUUGCCUUUUCUAAUUAGUAACACAUUCAUCAUACUGGUUGCAUGAUAUUCACUCGGGCAAAAAACUGCCUGCAUGAGUCAAUGUUAGUAUGUUUUGGGGGUAAGUUGUGGCUCUCAUCGCCAAAAAACAGGAAGUGUUGUUGUACAAUGCACAUGAAGCAUGUUGUGAAAAAUAAAAGCACCCACUUCCUCCCAAUACAUGACAACAUGUACACUCUCAUACAGGAAGUUAUUUGGCCAACUGAACAUAAUGCAACCAGCAUGAAAAUAUUACAGGCAUCAACAUGUAGCCUCUGUUGUGUUGUAACUUUCUGUGGUUGCUCGUUUUCUGCAAUUUCUUCACACGUCACAAGAUGCUUUAUCACAUCGCUGAAUGUUUUUCUUAAUUUGCAGCUUUUCUCUCUAAAUAUGACGUCUGCCUUGUCAAAGCUGUGACGAUCACGUCCUAAUUGGCGAGGUGAAAACACUUCUAAAGCUCUCAGCCGACGCAGAUUUGGGACUUUUGUUGAAUGCACUGUUAAUUUCAUAUGAUCAGAUGUUGUGAUCAGUGUUUCCUGAUUAGCCGUUUUGUACCGCAAAGCUUUAUAAUUUGAGCCCAGAGCAACAAAUUCAGUUAUCAUCGAUGACUGUCAGACUGUCAGAUAAGUUCAAAGCAGGAUGAUUUCAAGCCGAUCUGAAUGUUUUCUUUGAAUGCUUGUCCGCCUUUUGUUUGUCAGUGCAACAGUGUUGAUGUGCCAUGUGUCAUCAAUAAAUACAAAUGCAGUCUGCAUCACAA